AUGGCCACCGAAACGAGCACUAGUCUCCGAGCAGGGAUCGACAUUGACAAGCCUCGAUGGGACCAAAGUACCUACACUGGUCGUGCCAAGCACUUCUUCGCCACGACCAACCCACUCAACUUACUCCGUUCCAAUGCUGAACUAGAAGAAGCCAAAAAUAUUAUCAGCAAAUACAGAAAAGGUGACGUUCCCGAAGGGCUGACAGAAGAUAAGCUAUGGCGUUACAAGCAGCUCUACGAUUCCGCCUACCACCCAGACACUGGCGAGAAGAUGAUUGUCAUUGGGCGAAUGUCCGCUCAGGUGCCCAUGAACAUGGCCAUCACCGGCUGCAUGCUCACGUUCUACAAGACCACUGGGCAGACUGUCUUCUGGCAAUGGUUUAACCAGUCUUUCAAUGCUGUCGUCAACUACACCAACCGCAGCGGAGAUAGUCCCAUUCCAGUUUCUCAACUGGUCAAAUCGUACUGCCUGGCCACGUCUGGCGCCCUGGCCACGGCCUUGACGCUGAACAGUCUGGUGAAGCGAUUCCCGCCGCUGAUCGGUCGAUUCGUUCCGCUGGCAGCAGUGGCCGCCGCUAACUGUGUUAACAUUCCAAUGAUGCGCUCCAGUGAACUAAUCGACGGUAUUGCAGUGUUCGAUGAGAACGGCGAGAAGAUUGGCAACUCAAAGAAGAUGGCUCAAGUUGCCAUUUCACAGGUGGUUCUUUCUCGCAUUCUAAUGGCUAUGCCCGGAAUGACCAUUCCACCCAUUAUCAUGGAUUACAUUGAGCGAAGAGGUGUACUCAAGCGAAUGCCCUGGGUUUCCGCUCCAGCACAAAUUAUCAUGUGUGGAUUUUUCCUAACAUUUGCCACUCCACUGUGCUGUGCUUUCUUUCCGCAAAUCAAAUCAGUGCCAGUCGACCGUUUGGAAGACGAUAUUAAAGAAAACCUUGCAAAGACCAAAAACAACUGCAAAAUUGCUUACUACAACAAAGGCCUCUAA